AUGAAACGUAUAAAAGUUAGUAUAAUGACAUUGGUGAUUGGCAUAAUUAUUUAUUUAUUCAUUGAACAUAUCAAUCGUCGAGCAUAUCAAUUACUCAAUGAAAUUGAACGGAGGAGCAAACAUUCAAUCAAAGAUAUUGAACAGCGAACACAUCAAUUAAUAAAUAUUACAUUAUUUGAAUUGAAUAAUCAAAUUAUAGAACACACGAAUUCACUAGUUGAAAAAGGUCGGAAACAUAUUCCUUUACAAAAUCCAUAUGGUGCUACAACUUGUACACAAUGGUUUGGAUGUCAUAGAGGUUAUUGUUGGGCUGGAUGUGCCGGUGCUUUUCCAUCCGUAACGGGACCUGAAUGGUGUUAUACAGAAGCAUUAAAUGAAAAAAUGACUUGUUCACAAGAUAAACACUGUGAUGGUUGUUGGCGGUGUUCAAGUCCAUGUAGUAUUUGA